AUGACAAGGAAAACCCUCAAUAAGGAUAACCCCACAGUCCGACCUAUUAUGAAAUAUCUGCUUCAUACUAAAGCAGGAAUCAUCAAGACCCUCGAAUUUAUCGAGGCGACGAGAAUAGCCAUCAGAUCAUGGCAUCUCAAUAGAAUGCAUGAAGAAGAAGAGGAAGAAGGCGGAGAAGAAGGGGGUGGACCGGAAGAUUGUGAUUGA